AUGGAUUUGGGAAAGGACCAGUCUCACUUGAUGCUCCAUCAGAUACCUGAUCCUCAUCAAGAAGAGAACCAUGUUCCAGAAGUCAUUGGAACUUGGAGUUUAAGAAACAGAGAGCAACUCAGAAAAAGAAAAGCUGAAGCACAAGAAAAGCAAACUUCACAAUGGCAAUUUGGAGAUAAAAAACACAAGCGGCAGAGAACAGGAAAAAGAAGUGAAAGAGGCAGAAAGAGACAACAAAAUACAGAAAUGAAGGUGGAGCCUCUGUCACAAUUAGAAAAGGAAAUGAUGGAGAAAGCACCAGCACCUACAGAGAAAGAAACUGAACCACCCAGGAGUGUGACCAAAGCUCUCCUUCCGGUAGCCUCCAUGCAAAGAGUUGUGCCCAAGAAACAUUUUUCUAAAAUUGGUCAGGAAAGCAUUAUCCAUCAGGAAAAUUCUUCUGAAUACCAAGAAACAGCAGUACAAAACCACCCUUCUGAAAUACUCCAAGAUAUGGCUGAAUCUGGAGACCUCUCUCCUAAAAUGUACCAAGAAAUAGCUGUAUUUCAAGACCAUCCUUCCCAAGUGCGCCAUGAUAUGGCUCAACCUGAAGACCUCUCUCUUAAAAUGUGCCAAGAAACCACUGCAGCCAAAGCCCUUUCUUCUAAAUCAUCUGAAGAUAUAGCUGACCUGGAAGGAUGCCCUCUUGAAGCAUACCCCAAACCAGAUGUGCCUAAAGGCUACACUCUUGAAACAUACCAAAAAAGAGCUGAACCUGAGGAACACAAUUCUGAACUAGGUCAAGGAAUAGCUGAGACUGAAAAUUUUGUUCCUAAAGCACAAGAAAUAGCUGUGCCUAAAGAGCUUUCUAUAAAAACAUACCAAGAAACAGUUGAACCUGAACACUUUUCUCAUAAAACAUAUAAAGAAAUUGCUGUGUCUAAAGCCCCCUCUCAUAAAACAAUCCAAGAAACACCUGCUCCUGAAAAAUAUUCACCUGAAAUAUACCAAGAAACACCUGGGUCUGAAGAAUAUUCACCUGAAAUAUACCAAGAAACAGCUGGGCCUGAAGACUAUGCACCUGAAAUAUACCAAGAAAUACCUGGGCCUGAAGACCUCUCUACUAAGACAUAUAAAGAUAAGGAUGUGCCUGAAGAAUGCUUUCCAGAACUGUACCAAGAAAGAGUUGGGCCCCUAGACCAGGAUCCUAAAGCACACCAGGAAGAUGCUAAGGAUGUUUAUAUUUUUCCUUGAGAAAUGAAGGAAAAACCCAAAACAGAGGAACAAGAGAUACCAGCAAUUCCAAAUGUUCCUCAAGAGAUUCACCCAGAAAAUGAAAUUUAUAGUUGUUUUGUUUUAACAAUGUGCAACCGUCAUAGUUGUCCAACAAAAUUCACAUCUUAG